CUCACUACCAGUGCCCUCGUGUUCGAUCGGCCGGCUUGUUCAGGAAGAAACGACCUCACUGGCGGAGGGAUUAGCCAACGGCCCCAGAGAGCAACCACCGUCGUCGAGAAUGCUCGCUCUUUCUGCAUUACACAACAAAACCCCGGUGCGGCGACGACGAUGACGACAAGCUCGGAGACGGGACCACCGGCGUCCACAGCUGUACUACGCGACCGCGCGCCAUCAUCUGCGACAAGAGCAGUCAUUCCGAGUGUGCUUCGUCGUGGUGGUGCCGUGCGAAACUGGGCGAUCGAACUCUGCGACGUGCUUGAGAUCGCGCCUGUCCCGGUAUAGUAGUGCGACCUACACGCUCGGCAGUGUGCUCGGGUUCCGCCAUCACGGCAAGGGAAGGCGAGGCGAGCGGCAGCACCGCCUCCAGCCGGAGACGGCGGCGGCUCGCCGCCGGCCGGUCGGCCGACCUCCUACCCUCCUCGUGUUGCUGCUUGCUAGUGUAUCGAGGUGCUUGUACGGCGUGGUUGCCUCGCAUCGUCGCGAGACGAGGACGUCCCGGCGUCCGACGCGCCGCCGCGCCUAAGACGCGGAUCCUCGGGAUCCGCCGUGAAGCACCGUCGCGGCGUGCGGGUGACGUGUGUACUACAUCCUCUAGCCGAGGGGCCACCUAGCCCUGGGGCCGCCGUGGCCUCGCAGCAGCGCCGAGGAUAUGCGCUUCGAGCACUCGGACCUAUCGUGCCAGAGCGCCAUGGCGUUCCAUCCCUUCUUCCUGCCCGGCGGUCCCGCUCCUCCGGGAGCGCCGGCCGCGCCGGGGUCGUCGUCGGCUGCGCCCGCGUCGAGAACCACGGACUUCAGCAUGCACUCCAUUCUGAGCCAGCCGGCAACGGCGUCGACCACGGCGCCCUUCCUUCCUCUGGAGUGCUUCUCGGCUGGACUCCAUCCGCCUCCCGUGCCACCUCCUCCGCAUCACCUGUUUCCGGGACUCGGUCCCGGUCUGAGCCACGGGUUGAGUACCGCCGCGGCGCUGGCGGCCUCGGGCCUGGCGCCUCCUCCGGGACUGGCUAUGCCCAGGGUACCGGGUGCCGCGAUGACGCCCGAGGAGAUGCUCACGGUGCAGUUCAGGCCUCCGCUGUUGAGACCCGUCGAACCCGAAGACGACGGCGUGCGCGACGACCCCAAGGUGACCCUCGAAGGAAUGGAACUGUGGGAGAAGUUCUACGCCAGCGGCACCGAGAUGGUCGUCACCAAGUCCGGAAGGAGGAUGUUCCCCGCCUACAAGGUGCGAGUGUCCGGCUUAGACAAGAAGGCCAAGUACAUCAUGCUGAUGGACAUCGUGGCCGCCGACGACUGCCGGUACAAGUUCCAAAACCGGAGAUGGGUCGUGGCCGGCAAGGCUGACCCCGAGAUGCCCAAACGGAUGUACAUCCACCCGGACUCUCCAGCGACGGGCGAACAGUGGAUGCAGAAAGUGGUCUCCUUCCACAAGCUCAAGCUCACCAACAACAUCUCCGACAAGCAUGGAUUUACCAUUUUGAACUCGAUGCACAAGUACCAGCCGCGGUUCCACCUGGUACGGGCCAACGACAUCCUCAAGCUGCCUUACAGCACCUUCAGGACGUACGUGUUCAAGGAAACGGGCUUCAUCGCAGUCACCGCCUACCAAAACGAGAAGAUCACGCAACUGAAGAUCGACAACAACCCGUUCGCGAAGGGCUUCAGAGACACCGGGGCUGGCAGAAGGGAGAAAAAGAGGCUGGGGGAGUCUUCGUCGCACCCGCUGGGUGGCGACCCCCUGGGACGGUCGCUGCAGGACGGCGACUCGAGCGACGACGACGAGCAGCUGGACGUCGGGGGCGCCGACGACCUCAGGGCGACGGGGCUCAACGGAUCCUGUCCGUCGACGCAGGACCACGACGCGGCCCACGAGCGAAGCGGCGGCAGGCACGACGAGGCUGCCAACGGCGACCGGCGAUGCUCGCCGAGCCCCAACAACCUCGCCGCUGCAGCAGCCGCGGCCGCCGAAAUGUCCCUACACAGCCUCCAGGGCCUCAGCCUGGCCGCCGCAGCGCAUCCCCAGGCGGCCGCCCUGUUUCCCUACUUCUACCCCGCGGCGUCUUUCUACCACCCGUCCAUGGGCCUCCAUCCGUCCGCCAUGUUUCUUCCGCGAGGCGGACCACCGGCGUCUUCCCUGGUCGGCGGUCCGCACCCGGCCAGCUUGCCUCUUCUCAUGGCCGCCAGCCAGCACUUCUUCAACGGCCAGAACCCCAUGGGACAACCGCAGCAGCAGCAGCAGCAGCAGCAGCAGCAUCCGCACGCCGGCAGCGGUGGUCUCAUCCCGGGCGAGUCCCUGGGGUCCAGAUUCCUGAAGCAAGCCGGAGGACCCCAGCAGAGCCGGUUCGCCCCGUAUCCCGUGCCCGUGGCGUCCACGGCUUCGCCGUCGUCCUCCUCCUCUUCUUCCUCGGUGCCCCAGCAGCAGCACAUCGUGGCGCCUACUCCGACGUACCCGGACUCAGUCCUCCAGGAGCCCUCCGCGGCGGCGGCUGCCGCCAGGACUUUGUACGGGCCACCCGCGGGUGUUGUCGGUGCCGUGCUGGACAAGUGCCUCAGUUCGCCGUCCUCCGAGACGGGCGGCAACAGCUCGGACAACUCGCUCGCCUCGUCGUCCAUGGUGUCGAGCGAACUCAAGAACAUGGAGAACAUGGUGAACGGACUCGAGAGGCGCCAGGAACAGUUGGCCAUGCUCUCGCUCUCCAGGCUGAGCGACAAGUAGCGCAUAUAUACAGAACACGCAGGCGUAGUGCUGUGCUUUCUCUCUCUCUCUAUCUCUCUGUCUCUCUCUCCAUUUCGUAUUAUAUGUGUACAGGGGUGGUGUGCUGCGCGCGUGGUCGACUGCGGUGAACGAAAUGUAGGCCCUUUGUGGACUGCGGUGUGACGCCCGGUUCCGUUUGUGUCCUGUGGUUAAGGGUCGAGGAGAGAGCAAAAAGAAAAAAAAAAGAACUCUGUGCAAUCUGUGUGUGCCAUCGUCGCGAGAACAAGCCAGUCAGUCGCGGAGCAGUGCCGCCUUGGAUAAAACCUCGGAAGUGUCCAGCGAGGUCGUUGAAAGACUGGCCCUCGACGCAAAAGCAGCCGGGUGCCGCUCCUGUCCACGUCUUUGUAUACGGAUGUGUAUACCGUAGAGACUUUGCUUGCGGACCGUGCGCAAAUCUUAAGCUGAAAGUUGGAUCCGCGUUAGUGGCGUAGCAAUGUAUAAAAAAACAAAAGAGUGUGGCUACCAGAUUCAAUAGCCUUUUUAUUCUGUCCCGGUUACGCAACUCCACGCUGCUUUGGUGUUGUACAUAUGUAGAGUUUGGGUUUCUUGAAUGUCGUCAUUGAACGUUAACGUGUGCGUGCGUAUGUAUUCCUUUAUUUAUGUACGAAAGAAGACAAAGUGUGUUCGAUAACGAUGCUUCGUUAGAUAUGCAUACGAUCGUGUAUUUAGUACGCGCCCUUCAGCCAGAAAUGCAUCCGAAAAUUAAGCAAGAAUGCCAUAAGUUAAGAGAUGAGUUGUCGAAGAAUGAGUCAUCUGUAUAAUGUACUGUAAAGACGGUUUAAUUUGCGAUUCCAGUGUGGCCGCCAUCUUGGGCUGUUUCACGAACGAUUUCUCAAAACUUUGUGCACAGGGUGUUCCAAUACUCGCCGUAGAUGAUAACGUAGAUGGCUAAGGGGACAGCGGCCAUGUUAAGUCUCAUUCCAAUUCUCACGACGAUGUCAAAAAAGACAGCUUCGCGAAGACAGCAUCGAAAUCAGAAACGAUGCAGGCAACUUUCCUGUCCAGACAAGAUGGCGGCUAAGCAGGAUGCUUGGAAACUCGACGGGAAGGUCAUCUGCGCGCAAGAAAAUGAAGUCACGCUUUCCUACGAGCCUUAUAAGUCCCGUCGUGUUUUUCAUGUAUAGGUUCUCAGACGCAAAGAGUAGAGAGAUAACGUUUUCUCUUCGCAACUUUUUUCUUGUCACCUCGAGAUGACGUCACAUGGCACCAGGUGGUUCGAGAAGCGUUCCAUUAGUUGGUCUCGAAGCUGUCCCGGUUGGUCUCCUUUGCUGUCUACGUAGACUGUCUCCGAUGCUGGCAAGUAGUGGAACACAACCAAGGACGACGUCAAAUUAGCAUGUUCGUGAAAAGCCGAACACACCCGAACUAUCUGCAUGCAUACGAAUCGAGUGCGAUUGGUUGUUGCUGUUAGAAAGCGGCAGCGUUAACAACCCAAGGUGGCGAAAGUCCAACGCCUCCUUAAAAGGCUGCGUAUACCGCCUUAGGGUAUUUUCGUUCUUCCUAUAUUGUUCGCGCACCACUGGAUGGGCUAAUGAGGUACAUCAGAUGAUUAAUGUCAUACAUUGACUUAGUUAAAAAUGUGACACCACUUUAUGUGUUGCACUUCUGCCAAACGUUUCAAGCGACGCCAGCUGUCGCGUAGCUUUUAACUUUCGCACCUAAACUUCAUGCAGCAGAGCUGAACUAAGGGGACCACAUGUUCUGAAAGCACCUAGACGUUUACAGCGGCUUGUAUUCGACUUAGUAGUUUAUUUCCUUCGAGGAACAAAACGGCCAAAAGCUUUGCGGUCACCCGAAAAAAAAAAAGGAAAAGAAAGCGAAACGAGAUUUUCAUGGGGAAAACAACAAAAAUGUAAGAAAGAAGAAUAUUAAAAUUAUCUUUGCUAUGUGUGUAAUGGACUGCUCUUACGUUAUACACCGAGCCGCGCGCACGUACAGUCGGAAGUAAAAGUCUAAAGACCAGGACUGCACCCCCCC